UGUAUGCGCAUGACCAGGCGUCGGGGUAGAGGGAACAGCGCACACUGCUGCCAACGUUUUCCGUUUUCUCCCUUGUACAUACAUGCAUACAUAUAGUGGCCGAACGUGGCAGCAACACAGCAACGUAAUUCGAUCGAAGCCAGGCAGUAUUUUAUGCUCACAGUGCUCAGCGCUCAGUUCGAGUUAUUCAACGUUGGCGAGCGGACAAGGCAGAAAAAAGUCGAAACUUAAAGAGAAGGGAAAAUAGCAGCUAAACUGAAAGAUUUUUCAUUUGGCGCUCCGACCCACACACUGACACAAGAACUCAAACACGCACACAACAUACCCUCAUAGAGAACACAUAGCCAGCAACGAGCGAGCGAGCGAGAGCCAGAGAUUCAGGAAUUUUUCCUGAAUCCGAAACGGAAUUGAGGAAUAAUUUUGAUACUCCCAACUGUCUAAAAAACAGCUUCGUCGUGUUGGAGACAAAUAGCAAUCCAUAUAUUCAUAACGCUGGAGAGGAACCAGAGCAAUUGUUGGAUUUGGACACGACAGCCCUAAUGUCGUUGCCAAUGAAUUCACUAUAUUCGCUCACUUGGGGCGAUUAUGGCACAAGUCUGGUAUCGGCCAUACAAUUGUUGCGCUGCCAUGGCGACCUUGUCGAUUGCACUCUGGCAGCGGGUGGCCGUAGUUUUCCCGCCCAUAAAAUUGUCCUAUGUGCCGCCUCACCGUUUUUAUUGGAUUUGCUUAAGAACACACCAUGCAAACAUCCUGUAGUCAUGUUGGCCGGCGUAAAUGCUAAUGACUUGGAAGCGCUUCUGGAAUUCGUUUACCGUGGUGAAGUGAGUGUGGAUCAUGCUCAAUUGCCAUCGCUGUUACAGGCAGCGCAGUGCUUGAACAUUCAAGGCUUAGCUCCACAAACUGUGACCAAGGACGAUUAUACGACUCAUUCGAUACAAUUACAACAUAUGAUACCACAACACCAUGAUCAGGAUCAAUUGCUUGCAACUAUUGCAACGGCCCCUCAACAGACUGUCCACGCCCAGGUUGUCGAGGAUAUUCAUCAUACGGGACAACUUUUGCAGGCCACCACGCAGACGAAUGCAGUCGGACAACAGCAAACAAUUGUCACCACGGAUGCAGCUAAACACGAUCAGGCAGUGAUACAGGCUUUUCUUCCAGCACGUAAACGUAAACCCCGUGGAAAAAAGAUGUCACCUACGGCUCCGAAAAUCAGCAAAGUUGAUGGCAUGGACACAAUUAUGGGGACACCGACCUCCUCUCAUUCCGCUGCUGGGGGUCAGCAAGUCCAGGUUCAGCAACAAGUCCUUAGCGAAAACGGUGCCGAAUCCCAAUUGAUAACUUCCACUCCAAUUAUUAAAAGUGAGGGGCAAAAGGCAGAGACUAUUGUGACUAUGGAUCCGAAUAACAUGAUACCCGUUACGUCAGCAAAUGCUACUACAGGCGAAAUAACAACUGCAGCGGGAACAACGGUUACACCCAGUGCUGGUGGUAGUGGUACAACUACUUCCACCCCGAAGGCCAAGAGGACUAAACAUCCGCCCGGCACAGAAAAACCACGAUCACGCUCACAAUCUGAACAACCUGCUACUUGCCCUAUUUGUUAUGCUGUAAUCCGUCAAUCACGCAAUCUACGUCGACAUCUGGAGCUAAGGCAUUUCGCCAAACCAGGUGUAAAGAAGGAAAAAAAAAGUAAGUCCUCUGUUGGUAAUGAUACGACCUUUGACACCAGCACCGAACUGAAUACAACAACGGAAGGCGACACUACAGUAGGCGGAACAUCCUUAGGAGAAGCCGGCGGUGGUGGCGGUGUUGCUAACAUACCCGGCAGCAAAAAGCCUGGAGGUACCUUAAGCGGUUCCCAACCGGGUGGGAAUGGAACGCUAAGCACUAGUGGUGGUGUCCCUCAAGUGCAGACUGUGCAAUCGUUGCAUACCCUACAAGGUGUUCAAGUCAAGAAAGAUCCCGAUGCACAGCAACAGCAGCAGCAGCAGCAGCAACAGCAGCAGCAGCAGCAGCAGCAGCAGCAGCAGCAGCAGCAGCAGCAGCAACAACAACAACAACAACAACAACAACAACAACAACAACAACAACAACAACAACAACAACAACAACAACAACAACUGCAACAUCACCAGAUUAUAGAUUCGUCAGGAAAUAUUACCGCAGCAACAACAAGCGCACAGGCUGCAGCUCAGCAGCAAGCAGCGGCGAGUCAACAGCAACAGCAGCAGCUAGUCGCUCAAUCUUCUGAUGGCAGCGAGGCAGGACAACCUAUGUCAAUUGCCCAAGUACAGACCUUGCAGGGCCAUCAAAUUAUAGGCAAUUUGAAUCAGGUGAAUAUAACUGAUUUCCAACAGCAACAGCAGCAACAACAGCAACAUCAACACCAGCAACACCAAGAAGAAGAACAACAACAAGAACAACCUCAACAGCACAUAGAGCACGAGAGCGACAAAAGUGGGAACAACAACGUGCCGCAUCCGCAUCAUUUCAAUGUGCCGGCGUUAAGUGAACCUAAUGUCUCCAAUGCCAUGCAAUUGGGCGCUGUUACAGCCGAUGGCAACUUUGUCACUAUGGGCGGAGUUGUUGUCGGACGUAUCCAGCAUUCGCGCGAUGAGCUCGAACAGGAGCAUAUAAUUAUUGACCACCAUCAGCAAACGGAGACGGAUCAAUUGAUUGAAUAUGAUGGUGGGGUUAUAGAAGAGCAGCAACAACACGAGGUGGUCCAGGAAGUUUAUCUGCAUUAGGGUAGGAUUAGUUAAUGGUACUACAAUAGGUUUUACACAUUCUCGUUAAUAACUGUAUAACAACUUGGGUUACGUUUGUAAAUUUUAAUUUGGCGUGCUGAUUUGGAAUAUAAAUAUUCUGUUUA